GUCAUGUAGUCAUUUGAAGCUUCAUUGCUUGUCUCAGAGUAAUUUAGGAAAAGUCAAUGUGGUUAACAAAAUGAAGAAUGGCUGGAGAAAAUCUCACGACAAGAACUUCACUGGAAAUACUAAAUUUGAUGCAUCGCAGAGAGGAUUUCCCAAUACGCAGUUUCAUCAUAAGCAAAAUAAGAUAGCAGAUUUCAAGUUCAAUAAUGAAAACCGAAGAAAAGGGCAUGAGAAUGUAAACCUUACCCACUCUGAUUCCAACAAGCUAAUUCAAGUCAGGGAAAGAAGAGCUCUCUCUCUGAACUACACGGAACAAGAAAUUCAACAAUGGCGCGAAGAACGCAGGAAAAAUCACCCAUCGAAAACCAAGACUGAGAAAAAGUUGAAAGAAGAUGAGACAGACCCCAUGGCCAUUGAUGCAGUUGCCAAGAUACGACGUCAGCAACUCAAGGAGGUCUUAGCGAAGCAAGCUGAAUUGGGUUGUGAAGUUGCAGAAAUACCAUCUUGCUAUUUAUCAGAUUCUGUGCAACAAGCAGAUGAAAGGGGAGAAAAUAAAAGGGCAUUCAAUAAGAGGGAAAGGUUUCAGAAGGGUCUCAACAAACGGGGAAGAUUCCACCAAAAUGACCGGUUCUCUAAGAGGCAAAGGCUAAACCAUGAUUCAGCAAACUUGCAUGGUCAAAACAAUCACUUUACUAAGAGGCAGAGUGUGGCAAAUGAUGGCUCCAUGAAACAAUGUACGACUAACAAAAAGGAGCCAUCUCUUUUGCAGAAACUUUUGAGUUCUGAUAUUAGAAGAGAUAAGCGGCAUCUGUUGCAGGCUUUUAGGUUCAUGGUGAUGAAUUCGUUCUUCCAAGAAUGGCCCGAGAAGCCUCUGAAAUUCCCUGUAGUUAUUGUCAAAGAACCAGGAGAGGAAAGCAAAAUUGCAGAGGAGGAAUAUACUCAGAUAAUGAAACAUUGUAAUGAAGACGCCGAUGAGUGCAGCAAGAAUGAAGCUGAUGUCAUAAGUAAAAAUUCCUGAUGAAGUGUUGCUAAAUAUGAAGUGAAAAACCAUAAGUAUGACUGUAGCACAAAUCCUUAACUCGUUUAUAUUUCUUUUGAAUGUGAAUUUCUACGUUAUGUUUAGUACAGAAUCCUUAAGUAUGACUGUAGGCCCAACUUUUCAACUGAAAGUAGCACACAGAAUUGAGAGAAAAUUAGUUGCAUUCUUGAGAGCUUCAAGUUGGGCAUUUAAGUUUGUUAACAUUUGGCAGCUAACUCUAUCAAGAUACGAGUUUGGAA